GUGAAUCAGAUGCACGGAGGGGGGGGGGGUGUGUCCUCUGGGUUUAGAAAUUCUAUCCAUUGUUCCACUCCAACGCGCGAAGCGCACACCUCUGUGGCGGUUCCAGCCAAUCAUAGCCCACUGGCCGCCUCUUAUCUCCGCCCACAAGCCUAUAUUAAAGCAGCGGCCGUCACCAGCAUUGGCCACUGGCACAAUAUCCUAUUGAUUGAUACAUAGCCGGAAAAGGGAUUUACUUUAUUCCAACCUUUAAUUUCAACCGUCCUUUAUUUUAAUUCAACAAAAAAAUGGCAGACACAAAAGUCGACUCCGGCAAGGAUAUCUCUGCCAAGGACCUGAAAGAGAAGAAGUUGGUAGAAGAGAAGGAGAACGGAAAAGAUGUGGCCACCAACGGAAAGGAGAACGAGGAGAACGGAGAACCCGAGCUAGACGAGGAAGACGAGGAGGAAGUGGAUGAGGAAGAGGAGGAGGAUGAUGCAGAAGGGGAUGAAGAGGACGACGAGGAGGAUGACGAUGACGCCGAGGGCGGAACAAAACGGGCGGCUGAGGAUGACGAGGAUGACGACGAGGAUGACGUGGAGACCAAGAAGCAGAAGACAGAAGAUGAUGAUGAUUGAUGUGUUUCCCCCCCCACCCCCCCCAACACCACCCCCAACCCAAUGCCGCAAUCCCUGCUGAUCCACUUCCUGUUACUCCACCUUUGACCUUAGGGUGCUGGAGGUAGAGGAGCAGGACUACGGUGGAGCAAAAAACACAUUCAAAAAAUGAAUAAAAAUAAAAACAUGGUCUUUAGCAAGUAGAGUUCAACUUCAUGUUCACUCUCUCUAUCCCCCCCCCCCCUCAACCGCGAAAAUAUUUUCUAGAAGAUUCCCGCGCUAGAGCAGUGCAGAACUCGGCUCAACCUUCUCAACAACUUAACAAACACAAAAGGAGAAUUUGUUUGUAUUUUUAUUUACAUUUUAUAUUUUUGUACAUAUUGUUAGGAGGGGGGGGUCUGUUCAGCAACAAACUCCCUAGACCAAAAUCGGUGCUUCUUUAAAAAAACAAACAGAUUUUGCUUGGUUGACCAUGUUAUGAUCUCAGACAGAAAAACACGUUAAAGUUCCUGUUAAGCCGUUGGACUCGGAGCAUUCCAGUAAAUUUAAUGUAUGUACUUUAGUUGUACCAUAACUAGUUUGUUUGUAUGGGAGGGCAAGGCCAAAGAAAAGGUCCCUUUUCUUUUACCGUUUUUUUAUUUUUGUUUUUCGUCAGCGACUUUUUUGUUUUAUGAUGGCCUGUUUUGAUGUAUGUGAAAAGUUUGUUGUUUGACAAUAAACCGGACUUUUAUUUUGUGA